AUGGAUCUGCAGAAUCUGGUGAACAACGUAAAGUCGGUGGCUCUAAACAUUGGCGAAAAGUUGACGCCGGUGCUGAAAGAGUCAAAGUUCCGGGAGACGGGCGUGCUGACGCCGGAGGAGUACGUGGUCGCGGGGGACCAUCUUGUGCACCACUGUCCCACGUGGAAAUGGGCGUCCGCCGCCGAUCCGACACGUGUCAGACCGUACUUGCCGGCGGACAAACAGUAUCUGAUCACUCGGAACGUGCCCUGCCACAAACGGUGCAAACAGAUGGAGUACGAUGAGAAACUCGAAAAAGUGAGUCAUUUUUCGCUUUUCAUGCAUACAAUUCCGAUAACUUUUGCAGAUAAUCAACGAAGACGACGGAGACUAUCAGACGGGAGAAGAGGACGGAUGGGUGGACACGCACCACUACGAAAAAGAGAAAGAGCACACGAAUCAGGCGGUCGAGCUCGGCGGCCAGACGGUUCGUCUCAAUUUUAUUGUUUAAUUUAGGUGUUUUUGCACAAUUCUUAUCGAUAUUCCGCCUAUUUCUCUUUUUUUUCAGGCCACAAACGCCCCAACAGCCAAUCCGACGCCGCAAGAAGAGGAGGACGAGGAAGAGGCGCUGGAUCUGGACGAUCUGCUGGAAUCGGGUGGUCUGGAGGACGAGGAGGACCCGAAUCGGUUCGUGGCCGCCCGUCCGGAAGUCGCGGAAUCUCUGAGCGGCGAGGUGGAGAAGGUGCGAACGUACGACCUCCACAUCUGCUAUGACAAGUACUAUCAGGUACGGUUUUGGCAUGAAAAACUUCGCCAAAAUUCACAAAAAAACAGAAAUUUCAGAAAAACGAGUUUUUGCAGGUUCCUCGGCUGUUCCUGAUGGGCUACGACGAGAAUCGGCGGCCGCUGACGGUCGAGCAGACGUACGAGGACUUUUCGGCGGAUCACUCGAACAAGACGAUUACUGUGGAGGCGCAUCCGGCCGUCGAGAUGGACAUGCCGACGGUGCACCCGUGCAAACACGCGGAAAUGAUGAAGCGGCUCAUAAAUCAGUACGCAGAGUCGGGAAAAGAGCUCGGCGUGCACGAAUACCUCUUCCUGUUCCUCAAAUUCGUUCAGGCCGUCAUUCCGACAAUCGAAUACGAUUAUACGCGUUCGAUUAAACUCUGA